AUGGCGGGUGUUCGGAGGGGUUUGGAGAGCUGUAUGGACCACGGCGGGUGUUCGGAGGGGUUUGGAGAGCUGUAUGGACCACGGCGGAAAGAUAAUUUGCUCCAUAUGACUGACAGUAGGUGCCUGGUAAACCUGCAAACUGUGUGCACAGAUCAGCUCAACAGUUUAUCUUUCUGUCUUCAGUGCAAGGAGUUCACCUUCCACACUGGCUAUGAGGUGCUUGUACAGCGGCUGCUGGAUGGGAGAAAGAUGUGCAAAGAUGUGGAGGAUUUGCUCAAGCAAAGAGCACAAGCAGAAGAGAGAUAUGGGAAAGAGCUGAUUCAAAUCGCCCGAAAAGCAGGAGGACAAACAGAAAUCAACACACUGAAGGCAGCAUUUGAGAUGCUCAAGCAACAAAUUGAAAGUGUUGGAAACUCUCAUAUCCAGCUGGCAGUAAUGCUGAAGGAUGAACUGAAAGGAAUAGAGGAGUUCCGAGAAAGACAGAAGGAGCAAAGAAAAAAGUACAAGUCUGCGAUGGAGCGUGUGCAGAAGAGCAAGUUGUUGCAGUAUAAGAGAACAAUGGAGUCAAAGAAGACCUACGAACAGAAGUGCAAGGAGGCAGAUGAGGCUGAGCAGUCCUUUGAACAGACAAGUGCUUCAGGCAACCAAAAGCAGACAGAAAAGAGUCAGAACAAAGCCAAGCAAUGCAGAGAUGCAGCAAAUGAAGCAGAGAACGUGUACAAACAGAACAUUGAGCAGCUGGAUAAGGUCAGGACGGAGUGGGAACAGGAACAUAUCAAAACCUGCGAGGUCUUCCAGCUGCAGGAGUGCGACCGCAUCACCAUCCUCCGCAACUCGCUGUGGGUCCACUGCAACCAGCUCUCCAUGCAGUGUGUGAAGGACGACGAGCUGUAUGAAGAGGUUCGCGUAAGCUUGGAGAACUGCAUUGUAGAGUCAGACAUAGACUACUUCAUUAAGACCAAAAUGACAGGAACACAACCUCCAG